GCCGCCGUGCCGGCGCGCGCCUCGCUCAGCAUGGGCGCCGUCGGCGCCGACGACUUUGUCCCCGAUAUGCAGCGGCGCACCAUCAUGAACCUGGUGCUGCUCGGCGGCGCCGGCGUGCCGGUGCUGUGGCUGGCGGGCGGCUACAUCUAUUUCUUGGUCCCGCCAGGCGGCGGCGGCGGCGGCGCCGGCGUCACCGCCCGCGAUGCCCUCGGCGCCGAUGUGAUGGCUGCCAAGUGGAUUGCGGCCAACCCGUACCCGGGCCGGGCGCUGGUCGAGGGCCUCAAAGGCGACGCCCACUACCUGAUUGUCAAGGAGGACAAGACCCUCUACGAUUUCGCGAUCAACGCCGUCUGCACGCACCUCGGCUGCGUCGUCCCGUUCAACCGCGCGCAGCUCAAGUACAUCUGCCCCUGCCACGGCUCGCAGUAUGACUUCAACGGCAAGGUCAUCCGCGGCCCGGCGCCGCUCUCGCUCGCGCUCGCGCACGUCAACGACGUCGACGGCAAGGUUGUGCUGUCGCCGUGGACCGAGACGGACUUCCGCACGGACCUCGCGCCGUGGUGGAAG